AUGGCGAAGCCGCAGAAGUCGCUCAAGGGCAACAUCUCGGAGAUGUCGAAAAGCUUUCUGCGAUUCGUCAACAUCGUCAUCGUCCUCGGCGCAAUCUCCACCAUCGCGCUGCAGUUCGUUAUAAGGUCCUCGCCUACACUCACAGGCUGGGCAUUCAUCCUCCUCGGCAUCCUCGUUAUAAUCUCGGGGCUUUUCGGUACAAUUUCGUCCGGCCAAGCGGGAUGCUUCAACUGCCACAUGUUCUGCCUGGCCGUAAGCUCCGCCGGGUUAUGCGCGUCGUUUCUCUGCACGUUCCUGCUUUUCAACAACACCGUCGAUGCGGUUGAUCCGACGAUGUCCACAGAGGCAGUCGGCGAGCAGUACGUGCGAAUCGUCGGCGCGCUAUACUUCGUCCUCUUCGCCGCGCAGAUGGUCGUUCUGCUGCUCGCGACCAUGAUCCACGUGUGCGGGUUCAUUGACUAUAACGAGGAUCUCGAAGCGGUGGCUACGGCGAAGCUCGUCGCGAAGAUGCAGCGCGAGGAGGAGGCGGAGCGGCGCGCGAACGCGGAGGCGGCUAGCGCCGCGGCUUCCUCGAAGCACCAGCUGUCGGAUAAGAUCAAGGGCAAGUACAAGCAGUGGACGCAUGGCGAAGCGGCGCCUGCCAUGUCGGAUUAUGACAUGGAGGCUUCGCAGAUGAGCGGAAGCAGAGGGUACCACGCCUGA